CAGCAGACGCAGCAGCAGCAGUCAGUUGUGUUUACUUGCUCCGUCAGCGGUGUCCCCGCUGUAGUUAUCUCCUAUUCCUCACCUGCUGCUGAUUAAAACCUCGGACUUUUACCUCAGACUGUGACUUAUCCCGUCGCCAGGGCUGCUUAUCAGCAGUUUCAUCAAGCCUCCCGUGGACCUUGGUCGGGGGCAAGUCGGGUUCACUGUUGGUUUUUUUUAAGCGAUCAGGGGAAGAUGACGUUAAAAUCCAAUAAAAACGAGCCUGCCCUCAUACUAGAACCGGUGAGCAGCGUCCGGACAGCCCUUUCUGAUCUGUACCUGGAACAGCUCCUUCAAAACAAACCAAAGUCUGACAAGGUUGCUAUGCAAACCUAUGAGAACAGAGGAGCUGAGUUCUAUACCAAUGGUUGUGCCGGACACAUGAAUGGCUCAGAGCUGACCGGGAUGAAAGAAGUAGCCUUUGAGAAGAAUCCCUCAGAGCCGAUGGGGGUCACUCUGAAAUUAAAUGAGAAACAGCGGUGCACGGUGGCCAGAAUUUUGCAUGGGGGGAUGAUCCACAGACAAGGCUCCAUACAUGAAGGGGAUGAAAUAGCAGAAAUUAAUGGAAAGAGUGUGACAAACCAUACCGUAGAUCAGCUACAAAAAAUUCUGAAAGAAACCACUGGCGUAGUUACAAUGAAGAUCAUCCCCAAGAUGCAGAAUCGAUCCAGAGUCUGCGAGAUGUACAUGAGGGCUCAGUUCGACUACGACCCCUCCAAGGACGAUCUCAUCCCAUGCAAAGAGGCCGGCUUAAAGUUUCAGACCGGCGACAUCAUCCACAUCAUCAACAAGCAGGACCCAAACUGGUGGCAGGGCAGAGUAGAGAACAGCGCUGUCGACUUUGCUGGACUGAUACCCUCUCCAGAACUCCAAGAAUGGAGGGUGGCCAGUAAAAGCAAGGCCAAACAGGGCAGUCAGUCCUGCAGCCCCUUUGGAAAGAAAAAAAAGUGCAAAGACAAAUACCUAGCUAAACACAGCUCGAUUUUUGACCAGCUGGAUGUGAUAUCUUAUGAAGAGGUUGUGAGACUCCCUGCUUUUAAAAGGAAAACUCUGGUGCUCAUUGGGGCGCCUGGUGUUGGACGGAGCCACAUCAAAAAUGCUCUUUUAACAAAAUACCCAGAGAAAUUUUCCUACCCGGCACCACACACCACCAGACCCCAGCGCAAGGACGAGGAGAACGGACAGGAGUAUUAUUUCAUCUCAAACGAAGACAUGACCAAGUGCAUCUCUAGAAAUGAGCUGCUGGAGUACGGGAGCUUUCAGGGAUUCAUGUUUGGAACCAAGUUUGAUACCAUCCAUAAGAUCCACGAUCAGGGCAAAAUUUCUGUGCUGGACAUAGAACCACAGACCCUGAAACUUGUUCGGACGGCUGAUUUUGCUCCUCUAGUGUUGUUCAUCGCUCCGACCAACACAGCUCCACAGACGGAAAACCUUCAGAUGAUCCAGAAAGAGUCAGAUGCCAUUUUGAGCACAUAUGGACACUUCUUUGAUGUGGUUCUCAUCAACAAUGAUGUAGAUGAAAGCGUGAAAGGGGUCGAGGAGGCCAUGGAGCAGGCCACCUCCACCCCACAGUGGGUGCCUAUAUCUUGGGUCUACUAAGCGCUACCUGGCACCAGUUUGAUUCAGUGCCGCGUGUUGAAAGGCGGUGCAAUAUCACUCCUUACACCAAGCCUCCGAGUUAGCAGCGUGUUUAAUUACUUUGAAUUGUUGUUUGCACACAAAAAAAGCAAUAUGUAGAAAGGAUCAUCUCAAAAGGGUUAGAACCUAACAAAGGAUGUUUAAAUAUCUUCAGGUGUUCAGUUUAGGUGCUGCACACCUUUUUGAUUAUCAAAUGCAAAACAGGACCUCAACUGUGAAAGAUAUAAAUGCUUUAAAAUAAAUAGAAAUCGUCAAGGGAAACAUCAACUCGAAUGAUCCUCUUUUCUGAUCCCAUUAGAUCACUCCAUGAAAUGAAGAUUCUCAGACUCUUUGCUUGUUCUGCCUGUGUAACUCCAAAUAAUAUCUUCGGCACAAAACCUGAUAACCUAGCAGGGAUUUACAUUGGAUUUUCUCCAAACUGUAUACCUUAUAGGGUACUGUAAAGGCACUUUUAAGCAAAACAAUGAAAUAAACCCAUAAUAACUCACA